UGGUUAAAGGGAAAUCAUAUGUUUUUGACAUUCAAUUGUUGAUGACGUUGUAUUUGUGUGAAAAUCUUGUGAAAAUCCUGUGAAAAACUAUGUUAAAAGCUGUAAUAUUAAUUGGUGGUCCUCAGAAGGGAACAAGGUUCCGGCCUCUUUCACUGGAUGUGCCGAAACCUUUAUUUCCCAUCGUUGGUCGCCCAAUAAUUCAGCAUCACAUUGAAGCUUGUCUCUCCAUGAAGGACGUCAAGGAGAUCCUCAUCAUUGGAUACUAUCCCACCGCUCAGAUGUCUCACUUCAUUAGUGACAUGCAGAAUCUCUAUGACAUCAACAUCCGCUACCUCCAAGAGUUUACAGCUCUUGGAACUGCCGGUGGAAUGUAUCAUUUCCGCGACCAAAUUCGCGCUGGGAAUCCAUCAGCAUUCUUCGUCCUGAACGGCGAUGUCUGUGCUGAUUUCCCUCUGCAGGAACUCUAUGACUUCCACAAGAGCCGAGGAGCCGAUGCUGUUAUCAGCAUCAUGAGCACAGAAGCCACAAAGCAACAGAGUUUGCACUAUGGAUGUCUUGUGCUGGACAAAGUGACCGGCGUAGUUAAUCAUUAUGUGGAGAAACCCAGUUCAUUUAUCUCAUCAUUCAUCAAUUGUGGCGUCUAUGUCUGCACAACUGAUGUCUUUCCCCUUAUGGCCACAAUCUUCCACUCCAAGCAGCAAGAUUAUGCUGGAUUGAAUAACGGAGCAAGCAAGGAUCAGGGUCAUAUUCAGUGGGAACAGGAAAUCCUAACACCCCUUGCAGGGACUGGAAAGUUAUUUGCGCUACCAGUGACUAACUGGUGGUCACAAAUUAAGACUGCUGGAUCAGCCAUUUACGCCAAUCGACACUACCUGGAACUGUACAGAAACACGCGACCCGACCGUUUGGCCAAUAGUGACUUGAAGUCGGUCAACGGAAGCAUUUGUUGCACCAUCUAUCCCGAUGUCUACAUCCACCCAAGUGCCUCUGUGCAUCCUGAUGCCACUCUAGGCCCAAAUGUCUCUAUCGGGGCUGGAGUGACAAUUGGAGCUGGGGUACGAAUUCGCGAAUCCAUCAUUCUAGAUAAUGCUGUGGUAAAUGAUCAUACGCUCAUUCUGCACAGUAUCGUUGGUAGGGGAUCUGUGGUGGGAGCUUGGGCAAGGGUUGAGGGCACUCCAUCUGACCCUGAUCCCAAUAAACCCUUUGCAAAAAUGGACAAUUUGCCGCUGUUCAACAACGACGGUCGCUUGAAUCCGUCAAUCACGAUUCUCGGAUGCUGUGUGACCGUUCCUGCGGAGAUGAUCCUACUGAAUUCAAUCGUUUUGCCGCACAAAGAACUCAACAGAAGCUUCAAGAAUGAAAUAAUUUUGUAAUGGAUGACUUUUUAAAAGUGACUAUGCCAAAUAAAACAGCUAUUUUCCUUAUAA